CCGCAGUUUUACCAAUGAACCGUCCGACCAGAACAGCUGCUCAGUUCGAGCAGGUUCGUCGUGCACACAAGAAGUUCGAAAGUUAGUCUAGCGAAAAACGUGCUACGGACAGGACCAUCAACGACUAUUCCGGUGUGCGCCCAUUUGCUAAAUCCUUACUUCCCGAUAACCGGUUGUCCAACGGUUCGACGGUGUUUCGGAGUUUUUUUUUAUUCUUGCGAAGUGUUAUCUACCGUUGCAACAAACAGGGGGUAGGUUCGUGUUAUCUAUCCCCUCACAAAAGGUGGCUGAUUUGUUCCUGUCGUGUAGUGGUCGAGUGUUUUAUUUUCUUUACACUAUCUUGCGGUUUGUGUAAAGUUCAUCCAGAAUACGAAUGGAGUGUGUUUUCCAGCACGUUUUAGAGGAAGAACUAAAAAACAAAAACGGAUCACUUUUCGGCAAGUUGCUCACACACACACACACACACUUUGGACAAGUGCAAUUUUAUGUAAAUCGCGCGAAAAAUCUGCAAGCAUUAGCAGGAGUGCACCAGGAAAGUGUUUUUCCGUCUCACGUAAGGCGCAUGGAAAUUAGCUACCAAAAACCAAUUUAAAGUGGAAUAAUUACGGCGAUGCUUCGUGUCGUGGUGAACCCGACAGAAAACCUGAUGCAAUGUUUGGCUAACGUUUCUUAUCCUUCAAGAGUGUGCAUUUUGUUGCAGCAUGUGCAGCAGGAGGAAGGAAUGAAAAAAAAAGCGAAAGUGUGCAGGAAGAAAAAUAUCAUACUCGUGUUAGAAUUUCCUUUACGUAAAGGAAUGCUCGCCGGUUGCCAUUUCUUGGCCGGAUGGUUACAAAUUCCGUUUUGCGAGGUAAACGUGCAUACCAUUCCAAGGGGAAUGGUGGAUGAGUUUUACACCCGUGAAUAGCACACUUCUUUUCCCGGACGUUAAUCCACGGAUCCGCCGUACAAUCUUUUCAGCUUCGCUCAACUUCACGCCUCGACGGGAAGAUGUGUUUUGUUGUGUUUUUUUUUGGUUUUGUUUUGGGGCUGCAAAAGUGUUUACAAGGGAACGAGUUUAUUCUACCUUGGUUUCAAAUUUUCCACUAGCAACACUAGCAGGAUGUUGCGUAGCUUUCCUUUCCUCACAAUCGCGCGUAGAAAGGUGGAUGGAAGAAGAAUUAAUUCUACUUUAUUUUAUUUAUGCAUUCAAGUAUUGUGUAUACCGUGCGCAUUCAUUCACCGACAAUGCGGCUCCCCCCCAAAAAGCCGCAUGUAACGGGAAGAAACUCGUGCGAAAUCAGUACUGAUCCUCUUACCCUCGGGGGGCGUCAUUCGUGUGUAAGGAUUUUGGAGUGAAAAAACAAACUUCCAUUUGCGUUCGCGGUGAAGACCUGUGUAUAAAACCACCUACAAAACCCGACCCACUAAAGCCAUAAAGAGUAAUUUACCCGCAGGUUGUGGCCGGUGUAUAGUUGUAUUCGAUUACCAACACGAGCGCGCGCGCGCGCCUCCCAGUGUUCACUGACGCCAGAAACAUCAACGUGGCUUGCACGUGUGUUGGCUGCAGGGAGUUAGUUCUUCGUCCCGGUGGUCGGUGGUGAUCGGAGCUCGAAGGGUUAGCGCUUUCACACAAAACCGGUGGAUGGUAAUUCAUUGAACGCGUCAUACAAUGGAACACAGGGGAUUGCAGACUUGACCCCGAGGCUUGUUUCGCGAGGUUUGUGUUGCCACUAUAUUGCAACAUUACAUCCCUGUGGCAUGGGUUCCUAACCCAUGCCAACAAACCACCUGAAAAAGGACAAAAGAGGCGUCUUUCAAAACGGCGGAAGGUAAAGAGCGUUCUUCCGUUGGUGGGAACUGUACGCUUGAGUGACUUUUCGUUACGUUUGCUUUGACGCGGAAAAGUAACUGCAGCUGGCAACCACUUCAGCUCGUUGCUUUCAGGUUGAAGCCUGUAGAUUGUUGGUGAGGUCAUACACGCAAACACGUACCCGGGAUACGCUUCUCUUCAUCAAAGGUGUGAUGAAAAUCGCGAAAAGAAAAAAAAACCUUUCCCAAAGUGUCCCUGGGACAUGAUGUGUGCCUUACCGGGCCUCUUCCCAAGUACGGUGGAAAAAGUGGUUAAAAUUUAAUUAAGAGGGUGUUUAUAUGAAUACCAAAAAGAAGAAGAAAAAAAAGCAUCCAUCUCAGCAUUUCAGCAACACACGGUUAAGCCGGUCAAGCAUUAGACGGGGGAAAUGUUUGUACCUAAGUGGUGAAAGGAAAGGAAAUGAGAAUUACAAACAAAACACUAUUACAACAUUUACAUUUUCUUUGCUGUUUAAAUUCGUUUUUCUUUUUUCUUUUUGCUUUUGCGUGGGUACCCAACACGAACCAAUGGUAAUUUUACCGAUCUUUCUUAGUGUUUCUCGAUUUGUUGCUACGCUUUAUCAGCAGACGGAAUAAUUUAUUUCAGCUUAAGUGGAUGCAAAAGGUGUGAGUUAAGGUGUUUAAUGUUAUUAGAGUGCAGUGUUUCGAUAGCAGUUUUUUAAACAUUCUCGGUUGACAUCGAAACACCACGUCAUCACCAUGUACCCGUACUAUGAAACCGACUGGAGCAUUCUACCGCCGGAACACAAUCGAAGGUACAGUCCAGGCCUGACCAUUAACAACAUUAAACAGGUGAUCAACGAAACAAUCGAAACCAAUAUCUUACGCAAACCAGCACCGACACGCUUGCGGGAGCUAAUACGACAGAUCCGUGCCUGCCGAACAGCAGCCGAAGAACGUGCGGUGGUCAAUACAGAAUGUGCCUACAUCCGGAGUACUUUUCGCGAGACGGACUGUAUCUGGAAGUGUCGCAAUAUGGCGAAGUUGCUGUACAUCCACAUGCUCGGGUAUCCGGCACAUUUCGGACAGGUGGAAUGUCUGAAGCUGGCCGCCAGCUCCAAGUACACCGACAAGCGGAUAGGAUAUCUGGGCGCAAUGCUAUUGCUGGACGAGCGGACCGAUGUGCACGUGUUGCUUACGAACUGCCUUAAAAACGAUCUCAACAGUCCCACACAGUUUGUCGUAGGUACGGCACUGUGCACACUAGCCGCCAUUGCAUCGCCCGAGAUGGCCCGGGAUCUGUGCAACGAUGUCGAGCGUUUGAUCGUGUCCACCAAUGCGUUCCUGCGCAAAAAAGCGAUCCUAUGUGCCUUUCGGUUUGUGCGCCGCGUCCCGGAGCUGAUGGAGGACUAUCUGCCAAAGUGUGAGGUGUUUCUGGCGGACAAAAACCAUGGUAUCCUGAUCGCGACCAUCACGCUCAUUACCGAGAUGUGUGAACAGAGUGUGGCCGUGCUGCGGUACUUUAAAUCGAUCAUUCCCACACUGGUGCGUAUGCUUAAAUCGCUCACCGUGACGGGUUAUUCGCCGGAGCAUCUCGUAAGUGGUGUAAGCGAUCCAUUUCUGCAGGUGAAAAUUUUACGCCUAUUGCGUGUGCUUGGUCACGGUGAUUCGACGCAGUCGGAAAUUAUGAACGACGUACUGGCACAGGUCGCUACCAAUACGGAAACGAGCAAAAAUGCUGGCAAUGCGAUCUUGUACGAAACGGUACUCACCAUCAUGAAUGUUGAGUCGGAGAACAGCUUGCGGGUGUUGGCCGUUAACAUUCUCGGACGCUUUCUGCUAAACAACGAUAAAAACAUCCGUUUUAUUGGGUUGCUUACCCUCGUCAAAACCGUGCACAAGGACAUGACGGCGGUACAGCGCCAUCGCAUAACGAUCCUCGAGUGCCUUUCGGACGGUGAUCCAUCGAUACAGCGAUGUGCCAUGGAACUGUCCUUCACCCUCAUCAACACACAGAACAUCGAAAUGGUUGUGCGGGAGCUGUUGCGCUACCUCGAAUCGACCGACGCUGAAAUGAAAGCACUCUGCAGCAGCAAGAUCGUACUGGCUGCCGAAACAUAUUCGCCUUCGAUCCGUUGGCAUCUGGAUGUGCUGCUGAAAAUUCUUACAAUAGCCGGUAACAACAUACGAGACGAUGUGAUCGCGUCCACUAUACAGCUCAUCUCGAACAGUCCGCAGCACGAGCAGCGUUUUAUUACGGACAAAAUGUGGGAAGCUAUCAUGAAUAUGAACCAGCUCGAGAACCGACAACCAUUGGUGCAAGUGGCCGUGUGGGCGAUCGGGGAAUAUGGCGAAGCUGCAGGAUUCGAUGAGUUUGAACUUAUUGAACAUUAUCGGCAACUGUUGUGGGCACCGCAGCUUUCAAUCACCACCAAACAGUACAUUCUGGUAUCGUUGGCAAAAAUCAGCGUUCGAAUAGAUGGCUGUACACCGGAAAUUCAAAACAUCAUUAACUCGUUCCGAGUGCACAUGAAUAUUGAUCUGCAGCAGCGAGCGAACGAAUUUUCGCAACUAUUCACCAACUACAAACACCUUCGGAACUCAUUGCUCGAGAAGAUGCCAAAGUUGAAACUGUCCGAACUGACCACCUCAGAGUACAACGCGGACUUUGCAUCUCCAGAAACGUCCGAAGUUGAACAGCAGGAGGAAGAACCGGUAGCUGAGAAUGAACCAUCGAAUCAAGAUAUCUUGCUGGAUUUAUUGGGAGAUUGUUUCAGCAGCGAUGGGAACGGUAAUAAUGCACUUGCCGUUGUGCCCGUUUCGCAAACGAUUCCCACAACGCAACCCUAUCUGCAAACGACGAGCUUUAAUCAAAGCGCACUAUCAUCGUACAAUAAUAAUGGUCCAAUGGCAGCUGGUCCAAACACCGACAGCAUAAUGGAUCUACUUGGUAUUGCAGCAUCAAACCAAACGCAUCAGACAAUCGAACAGACCACAAUACCUGCGAUCGACGUUUACAAUAAGGACGACAUCUACAUCCGAUUCUUCAUCCAUCCCUAUCCCACCGUAGGCGAACAGCUACCAUCAUCCGCUGGAGCCCGUAUUACCGUACAAACAACCAAUGGAUCGCAAGCUACGAUCGAAAAGUUCCUCUUUCAGGCAGCCGUACCGAAAUCGUUUGUACUGACGCUACGUGAACCGUCCAGUACGAUGAUGCCGCCGGGUGGAACGAUCAUGCAGGAUCUGCUAAUUGCACGGCAAACAUCGCCCAACCAAGGCGCUGCUGGUUUGCGCAUGAAGGUUCGCUUUUCGUACGAAAUCGAAAACUACUCCAUGAUGGAACAGAUCGAUGUGAACGAAUUUCCGAGCGGUUUUCUUCGCUAGCAUCGGAACGAACGUUAAGAAAUGUAGGGCAUUCAAGAAAGAGCUAACUGAAUGCAUGGUACGAUCGCCUUAGAACAUUUAAGAAAGUAACCUAACCCGUCAAAAAAAUGGUUAGGAAAUUCUUAGAGGAGAAAUAAAAACGAAAAUGCAUCUAUCACUGGAAAGAACAAAUAAUGGUACAAAGCAUACGAUAGAACUGGGGGCCGUAUAAUCAUUCUUUUGUACAGUGUGUAUAAAAAAAGAGAGAGAGAGAGCGAGAGAGACACAACAGAACUGUACUUUACAAAUGGAAAAUGAACCACAUAAUGCCCCAAAAAGGACGGAAAGCAGAUAGGACAAAAUGAGGGUUUUCCUAUUUAGCUGUGUAACCCUAAUACAAGAAGGCCCUUGUUCCGCUUUGUUAUCGUUCAUCCAUUUAUCCGGAUUCAUGGCUUAAUAGCCGGCACAUGUGAUCAAAGUGUAUUUUAUCAGAAAAAAAACAUUACCCACCUAAAACUACCUACUGUGCAUGCGUAAAAUUGGACCAAACUAUUUGACCAGAAACUAUCCUUAUCCUUGUAAAGAGUAGAACAAACCCAGAACACUUUCAUCUGCGCACCGUAGAAUUAUCGUUGACAUUUGCGACACAUAACAUAGGCGAGGGUAAAGAUAUCCCUUUACGCACAUUCAAAUCCCACCCCAUUGAUUCACAAGGAACACCGGAUUGAUGGCAACUAGGCACUAAUGACUGAUGAAACGCUCAAUUACAGUUUUCUAUCGCGGAAGCAUCCAUCACGGUCCGGGGUGAUUGUUCAUAAUCGUAACUACUACUUUGAAAACAAUUUACAAAUGUGAUUUUAAGAAGAAAUUCAUCUACGAAUCUAUUCUAUAUCAGUGUUGUACGGAGUGGGAAGAGAAAGCUGCAGUUAGAAAGGGAACUGGUAUUGAAGGCUAUCGUAGGCAAAAUAGUAUUCGUUACUUUUAAACCGACGGAAAACACUUGUUCGAAUGUUGGCGAAGCGAGUUUUUAAAAGUGGUGCAACAUAUGGAUGUGUUUUAAUGUAUUCGUUUUUAUAUAGAUGAACUAUAAAUAAAACAUGUUAAGAGAAAAAAGAACAAACAAAUGUUUGCAAACCCUCA